GCCCCGCCCCGCCCUAACGGCUGUGCUCCGUCACGGCCAUAAACCGGAUAAACACAACAAGGUAAACAACAUCUCUGGAGCAUAAAAGCUGACGUUUCUGACCUAGACCCCCUUCCAGCUCCCACAGUACCAACAGUAAAGUGGAAGGGGGUCCUGCUAACUAUUGAACCCCUUUUAUACCCCAGUGACGCACAGAAAUGAAUUUUCUCACCCACUACGUUCUCUGAAGAAAGGCCGAGACGGGAUCGGGGUCGUUUGUCGCUCCGGCCGAUGGCGCAGAGCAGGCCGGACCCGAUGCCGACGUGCGGGAUCUCGGUGGCUGUUGUUCUGUGGCUCCUUGUGUGGCAUCUGGACGCAGCGGCUCCAGGUCCAAUAAAUGUGAACGGUGACCAGAUUUUGAGAUCUGUAGGCGAUGAUACCCUGCUUCCAUGUACAAUUGACACUGAGCAAACUAUCUCUCAAUUCAUGUGGCGACACAGGCGUGGUCAACAGCAACGGAACUUUUUCACAGCAGCUUUCAGAAACGGAAAGACUGAAACCUUAGAUGAUACGUUUGAUGACAGAAUGACCUACGUUGGGACAAGUUCCAAAAAUGCAUCAAUGUAUCUGAGAAAUAUUACACUGAGUGAUGAGGGGACAUACAGCUGUAUUUUCACCUUAUUCCCAGCAGGGCCUGUUGAAACAGAUUUGCAGCUGAUCGUAACUGCUCCUCCAGCUGUUACAAUCCAAACGUAUCCAGUUUUUUCUCUGAUCGACUGCAGUAGACGCCUUAUUGUCACCUGUAUCGCAGCAAAUGCAAAACCAGCCGCAGGUAUCACUUGGGAAGUUCCUUUCAAUAUACGUGCCAAUCAAAAUACUGGGCAUCCUGCUGCGAAUGGGACUGUGACCGUCUCCAGCCAGUUUCAUCUGUGUCCAAAUAAAUCACUUUAUGGGCAGAAUAUUGUCUGCGUUGUGGAACAUCCAGCCCUCAGAGCUUCAAAACGAGUUUCUUAUCGCCUGAAUAUUGACUUUGCAGAUGAUCAGAAGGAACGUCAUUACAUGGUGCCCUUUAUCGUCAUAAUCCUGAUGCUCAUAAUUCUGCUCAGCACUUUUGGCUAUUUUUAUCAAAGAUUAAGAAGGAAAAAUCAACAAAGAAGCAUUGGCAAAGAAACAUCCUCAAAAAUGAUGCCUUCACGAAGUUCCUGUGACCCCAGAACACAACAUUCUGAGGUGGAAGAGCAAGUGCAAGUGGAGGAAGAUGAACCAGAUAUUCACUCUGAAGAGACUGUUUGAAUUCCACAUUGAUACCUUUGAGCUGCAGGGAUCCCAAGCGGAAUAUGAUUUUGCUGUUCCUGCAACCUUCGGGUGGCAUCGUUGUGGCACUGCAGGAGGCCCAGGAUGGACAUGUUGUCUAAGGAAUGGGAGGGGGUGCUGAAAUGUUUUGUAACUGGGAGGUGCAGUUGUUUAGUGUGAACUGAGCGGAGGUGUUCUGCAAAGCUGUUCCCAAACGUCCACUUGGUUUCCGUAAUGUAGAGGAGGCCACAAUGGGAACAGGAGCACAAAAGCUGACGUUUCGGGCCUUGACGCUUCAUCAGAAAAGGGGGAGAGGGGGAGGCGGUUCGAAGAUGGAUAGAGGAAAGAUAGGUGGAGAGGAGACAGGCAGGUCAAACAGGCCGGGAUAGAGCCAGUAAAGGUGAGGGGAGAUGGGGAGGAGAUAGGUCAGUCCAGGGAGGACAGACAGGUUAAGAGGGCGGAAUGAGGUUGGUAAGUGGGAGAUGGGGCGUGGGGCUUGAGGUGGGAGGAAGGGAUAGGUGAGAGAAAAGACAGGUUAGGGAGACGGGAAUGAGCUGGGCUGGUGUUGGGAUGCGGUAGGAGAGGGGAGAUUUUGAAGCUUGUGAAGUCCACAUUGAUACCAUUGGGCUGCAGGGUUCCCAGGCAGAAUGAGUUGCUGCUCCUGCAAACUUCAGGUGGCAUCAUUGUGGCACUGCAGGAGGCCCAUGAUGGACAUGUCGUCUAAGGAAUGGGAGGAGAAGGUGAAAUGGUUCGCGACUGGGAGGUGCGGUUGUUUAGUGUGAACUGAGCGUAGGUGUUCUGCAAAGCUGUUCCCAAACCUCUACUUGGUUUCCGUAAUGUAGAGGAGGCCACAAUGGGAACAGUGGAUGCAGUAUACCACAUUAGCAGAUGUGCAAGUAAACAUCUGCUUGACGCAGAAAGUCUUCUUGGGGCCUGGGAUGGGGGUGAGGGAGUAGGUGUAGGGACAGGUGUAGCACUUCCUGCGGUUGCAGGGAAAAGUGCUGGGUGAGGUGGAGCUGGAGGGAAGUGUGGAGCGGAUAUGGGAGUCACAGAGAGAGUAGUCCCUCCAGAAAGCAGAUAAGGUGGGGAGGGAAAAAUGUCUUUGUUCAGAUUGGAUCUGGAGGUUGGUGGGCUGGUAUGUGAGGAUGAGGGGAUUCUGUUUUGGUUGUUAUUGCGGAUAGUGGGUGUGAGCUAUGAGUUGCGGAAAAUGCAGGAGACAUGGUCGAGGGCAUUCUCAACCACUGCAGGGAGGAUGUUGCACGCUUUGAAGAACGCGGACAUCUGAGAUGUACGGGAGUGGAAGACCUCAUCCUCGCAGCAGGUGUGGCAGAGGCGAAGGAAUUGGGAAUAGUGGAUGGCAUUUUUGUGGGAGGAGGUGUAUUCUAGGCAGUUGUGGGAGUCAGUGGGCUUGAAAUGGACAUUGCUUUCUAGGUGGUUGCCGCAGAAGGAGACAGUGUCGUCCAGGAAGGGAAGUGCAGCAUUAGAGAUGGUCCAGGUGAACCUAAGUUUGCGGUGGAAGGUGUUGGUGAAGUGGAUGAACUGUUUGAGCUCCCUAAUCUCCUAUCCCUCAACCGCAUCCCAAAACCAGCCCAGCUUGUCCCCACCUCCCUAACCUGUCCUUCCUCCCACCUAUCCCCUCCUCCCACAUCAAGCCCCACCCCCAUCUCCUACCUACUAACCUCAGCACACCCCCUUGACCUGCCCAUCCUCCCUGAACUGACCUAUCUCCUCCCUAACUCCCCAACUACACUCAUCUUUACCAACUUCAUCCCCGUCUGUUUGACCUGUCAGUCUCCUCUCCACCUGUCUUCUCCUCUCUCCAUCUUCUAUCCGUCUCCCCCCUCUCCCAGGACCAGAGGACACAGUUUAAAAAUAAGGGGUAGGCCAUUUAGAACAGAGUUGAGGAAAAACUUCUUCACCCAGAGAGUGGUGGAUAUAUGGAAUCCUCUGACCCAGAAGGCAGUGGAGGCCAACUUUCUGGGUGCUUUCAAGAAAGAGAUAGACAGAGCUCUUAAAGAUAGUGGCAUCAAGGGUUAUGGGGAUAAGGCAGGAACAGGUUACUGAUUGUGGAUGAUCAGCCAUGAUCAUAAUGAAUGGUGGUGCUGGCUCGAAGGGCCAAAUGGCCUACUCCAGCACCUAUUGUCUAUUGUCUGUAACCUCAAAAUUCUUGAGCUUGUUGCAGAUGCAAAUAGCUUGUAUAUGAACAUAGAACAGUACAGCACAGAACAGGCCCUUCAGCCCACAAUGUUGUGCCGACCGUUGAUCCUCAUGUAUGCACCCUCAAAUUUCUGUGACCAUAUGCAUGUCCAGCAGUCUCUUAAAUGACCCCUUGCAGACGACAGACGUGAAACUUACUGGUCUGUAAUUGCCGGGGAUUUCCCUAUUUCCUUUCUUGAAGAGAGGAGUUACAUUUGCCUCUCUCCAGUCCUCAGGUACGACUCCAGUGGAGAGCGAGGAUGCAAAGAUCUUCGCAAGUGUCGAAGCAAUUGCAUUUCUCGCUUCCCAAAGCAGCCGAGGACAAAUCUGGUCCGGGCCUGGCGACUUGUCAAUCUUAAUGUUUGACAAAAUUUUCAGCACAUCACCUUCCUCUAUCUCUAUCCAUUCCAGCAUGCCCACCUGCUCUUCAAACGUUUCAUUCACUACAAAGUUUGUUUCUUUCGUAAAGACAGAAGCAAAAAACUCAUUUAGGGCUUCCCCUACCUCCUCAGACUCCACACACAAGGUCCCUAUGCUAUCCCUGAUCGGCCCUACUCUUUCUUUGACCAUUCUCUUAUUCCUCAAUAUAAUUUUUUAAAUAAAGAACUUUUUCAACAUACCUCAGACUGUCGCCAGAUGUCUUUCAUUGAUUAAUGAACCUUAAAUUUCUUUUAAGGUACUAUAUGACCACUGAUUUAGAAAUAUUGAAUGGAUUUCCACAUUUCUAUUUUUUCCUCAUUAGCUUGAUUCUCUUGCUGCCUAAAAAUCUGUCUCUUUCAGCCUUGGAUGUAUUUAACAAUUCAGGUUCCAAAGCCUCCAAUGUUAACGGAAUCCACAUCAUCUCCUUUGGAACAUGGGAGUUUCUUUAACAACCAGGACUAAAGGGCGGCACGGUGGCUCAGUGGUUAGCACUGCAGCCUCACAGCGCUAGGGACCUGGGUUUGAUUCCAGCCUCGGGCAACUCUUUGUGGAGUUUGCACAUUCUCCCUGUGUCUGCAUGGGUUUCCUCCAAGUGCUCCAGUUUCCUCCCACAGUCCAAAGAUGUGCAGGCUAGGUGGAUUGGCCGUGCUAAACUGCCCAUAGUGUUCAGGGAUGUGUGGGUGAGAGGAGAAUGGGCCUGAGUGGGAUGCUUCAAGGGGCAGUGUGGACUUGUUGGGCCAAAGGGCCUGUUUUCACACUGUAGGGUAUCUAAUCUAAAGAGAUAUUAGCUUUUGUUUCACAAGCAGUUUUUUUACACUGCUGAUUGAUGCCAUUUUUUUUAAAAAUUGCCCCAUAGUUGGAUUUUCAAUUCUACCAAAUUGAGAGGUGAAAUUUAAUUUCACAUUUGGACUUAUUUGAUUAACAGGUGCUGGUUGGUCUAAACUAGCUGUUAGUUCAGAGUUGCUGACAAUUACAAGAUGGUUCAAGGUAUAUGCUUAACUGUAAUGCUGAAGUUCAGCUGUGAGUCUGAAAGUCUGUAGCAGCCAAGCAAAUCAGUCUACAGCAAAAAAUACAUUGGAAAUCUGCUUAUCCAAACUUUGAACGAACCAACACGUGCGACCAUUUUAGAACAAAAUCUAUUGAAGAAUAUUAAAAUUAUCUGACUUAAAUACAAUAUCAUGGAUUGGGGAAGUUUGAAUUAAGUGUUUUAACUAUGUGCCCACAGGAAAGCAGAUACCAAUCACGCUCUUAAGAUUGUUGAUGUCGUUAAUGACUUUAAAGCAACAUUUAUUACUGAGUACUAUGCAAAAUUACACCAACAAGCUCUUUAUCUAAUAUAUCAUCUGUUUCCUUCACUUAGCAAGGAGGCCACAGUUUCCCAUUUCCACGUAAUUGACCAAUUCUAACUUUUAAAAGGGGGUGGAGUCUUGUGUGUCUUCCACGAACUGGAGAAAGGAGAACAAGGUAACGAAAUGUGAGG